AUGCCUCGAAAACUGGACAGCGACACGAGGAUCCACUUCCGGACUUACGAGGAUGAGGCACACGCCCAGAAGCGGGCCUUCUGCCUCCACUGCAACAAGGACGCCUGCGCCGACAACAUCCAGCGCAUGAAGAAUCACCUCACCAAGUGCGAGGCCUACCUGAACAGCAGCGGCAGCGAGCCCUCCUUCGCAUUCGACCUGGAUGGCCCCAUCGCGCCCGACACGCCCAUGGCCGGCAUGCCGGGACCCUCUGCCAUUCCCGAGCCCGCCAACGGGGGCGACACCGCCGCACAUGACCCCAGCCUUACUGCCACACCGGGCAUGGCGCCCCCUCCGAGCAGCGGCCCCUCGUCGGCUGUCAUCGGGACGCCCUCGGCUGCGUCCUCUGCCACGCCCUCCGCGGCGAUGAUGAAGGCCAGCCAGGACAGCCUCAACAAGGUGCGCACGGCCAUGGCCAGGUCGACCAAGCGCCUCGAGAGCCUGGAGGCAGUGCUUAAGACGCAGAUCCAGGACGGCAUGCACAAUGCUGCGACGCAUGUCAGGGCUGCCAUCAGAGAUGAGAGGGACCGUCUUUUCAAGCUGUCGCAGACGCUGGUAAAGCAGGAGACAAAAAUCAGGGAUGCCCAGACCGCCAUGGGUGUUCCGAUGUGA